AACCCAAGAGCACAUGCACAGUUCGAUCGUGCAAAAUGGCGAUUGUUUAUUCUUGCCCCAGCUUGGUCAUUGCAGCUGACGCUGGCGCUUGGCAUGCUGGGACUAUUUUCCUGGAGGCUUGGAGAUACCGUCCAUCACUUCGAUGAGAGGGACAAGGCGGGCAAAGCCCCAGUCAUCGAAUAUGUCUGGGAAGCCACCAACAUCGCAAUGUCAUUCGUCGUGGCGCUCUGCACAAUCUUCGAAAUGGGUAGAUACUUUUCCGAGUCGUUGACCCCAUGGACCAUGCUGUUUACUCACGUCGUCAAGCUGGCCUGUGCAUCAGCCAUUCUCGCCUUGGACGUUGUCGUAUAUGUGCAGCGAGACGACUCCCAUUAUUCUCUCAUCGGCCUCGGCAUGGACGGCUUGUUGAUGCUCACUGCUAUUUCGCUCGCCAUUUAUGCUAUCCUCGCGUACCGUCGACUGUCCAAAUAUGACGAAUACUCCAGUCCUGUCGAUGCCAAGGCGUAUCUCUUUAAUGACGACAUUGAGACUUCCUAUUCGAGCCGGCCUGGAGAUGGAGGUUCAGUGGGCAAACGAGAAUCGCUGGGCUCGUCACGCCUCAGCGUCGGAUCUGUAACAAACCCAACCAUCCUUGAGCCGGUUGAGCAACGGCCAAGACGCUAUAGCCACGAGCGAGACACGCAGUUCGACGAAUAUGUCAGUCGCAGGGCCUCUGGAGGCUACAAACCCAGCUCAGCCCCAUCCAGCCCUCCGAUCGUGAUUACAUUGGACGAUUCAUUGGCUUCUCUGGGCACUGUUCAUUCUCGGUCAAGAGGAUCGAGUGUAUCACAGCUCACCACCAGCGACCACGUUUUGGUCUCGGUGCCAGAAGAAGACGGUGAGGCAUCA